UUAUAUAAAGGUACGUGUGUUAGCUGUACAUCUAUGUCUCUCUGUUGAGAUAACAAUUCAAGUUGGAGCUGGUGACGAAGGAAGAGCAACUGCUGCAUUGACAGAAAGCUGAGUGAAAAUGAUGGAGCCGCAGAGCAGGAAAAGAGGGAGGGAAGGAGAUAUGGAAGACAAGAAGAUUGACACCUCAGACAACUCCUCGAGGAGGCAAUUAGGUGGUGUUAGUUAUGAGCACAGCAACAAUCACGAGGAUCACAGAGACAAAAAGCUAGAGGAUAAGAGUAAUUGCCAUGAUGAAGCUUUGGACGAGUGGGAUUAUUGCAUGUCCUCCUUGGGAGUGUUUGAUUUCCCAUGGCUGAGGGAAGGCGAUGGCAUGAUCUUCGGGUCGGAGGAGGACGGCGAGAGCAGAGUCGAGGACGCGUUCGCGUUCUCGCUCUCGCUGUCUUUGACGGCUGACCAUGGCAUGGAGUUCUGCGAGCCAUUGUCGUGCCAGAACUCGGCCUUUUUGCUAGAUUCACCUGGCGACUCACCGGGCGACGAUCAUGACAUGUCAUCCCCGGAACAACAACAGAUAUCGGCGCAAGGCGGUGAUGAUUUGGAGGGGCUGGAUUGCAUUUGGAGCUCCGUCCUCAAUCAGCCGCUUCAAGGAGGGUUCUGAAUCAACUCGACAUUGCAAUCCUCGACAUAUAUCAUCCAAUUUUCACUUUUCAUAUAGUCUUCUUUUUCCCUUUGUUUGCUUGUUCUUGUUUACAUUAAUACUCCAUCUGCAUAGUUAACAAAUGGACUUUUCAAUAGUUCUUCAAGAAAAAACGUGACAAUUCUCAAAUUUGUCAGAAGUUAAAUCAGUUUUGAGAGGAGUCUAAUUGACAGUCUUCAAUAUGGACCGACAAUUCAUGUUGUGAAUCUCACCAGAGAA